AAGACUACACCUCAAACAAACAAAAAUGUCUUCCAUUCCACUUCCUACCAUCAAUACCAUCUCUAGUUCUCCUUCCUCUUCAACCACCACCUCUUUUUCCAACUUACAUUCUUCUCCUUUCUUUACAAAGACAUCAAAAGUUUCCACUAUCAAAAAGCAUAAUGGCCAUCAUAAUUUCCAAGUCUCAUGCAAAACCACAGAAGAUGAUCAUGACCACAACUCUCCCAUUGACAUUUCUAAAAGAACCUAUUCUUCAAGCAAUAAGAUGGAUAGAAGAAACAUGCUACUUGGAUUAGGAGGUCUUUAUGGUGCUUCUACUCUUGUUGAUGGUCAUCCCUUUGCCUUCGCGGCUCCGGUGAACGGACCUGAUGUUACCAAAUGUGGCCCGGCAAAUCUGCCACAAGGUGCCGCACCAGUCAAUUGUUGUCCACCGAUGACCGGGAAUAUCAUCGACUUCCAGCUUCCACCACCAUCCACCACACUCCGUAUUCGGCCUGCAGCUCAUUCUGCGGAUAGCGCCUAUAUUGAGAAAUUCAAUAGAGCUAUUCGGCUUAUGAAACAACUUCCCGACGAUGAUCCACGUAGCUUCAGGCAACAAGCAAAUGUUCAUUGUGCUUACUGUGAUGGUGCUUAUGACCAACUAGGUUUCCCAAAUUCUGAGCUCCAAGUUCAUGGCUCUUGGCUCUUCCUUCCUUUUCAUCGUUGUUAUCUCUAUUUCUUCGAACGAAUCUUGGGAAAUUUAAUCAAUGAUCCCACCUUCGCGAUACCAUUUUGGAAUUGGGAUCAUCCUGAUGGCAUGCGCAUUCCGGCCAUGUACACAAACCCUAGUUCUCCCCUCUAUGAUCGGCUCAGAGAUCGGAGGCAUCAGCCUCCGGUCAUGGUCGAUCUGGACUUCAAUGGGAGGGAUCCCAACAUAAGUAACGCUCAACAAACAUCCCAAAAUCUCACAAUUAUGUAUAGGCAAAUUGUGUCACUAGGAAGCACUCCGGCGACUUUCCUUGGAGACCCUUACCGCGCUGGUGGUGAGCCCGGUGGAGGUGGGUCCCUAGAGAACAUUCCUCAUGGUCCAGUUCAUAUUUGGACCGGUGAUAGAACCCAACCUAAUUUUGAAAACAUGGGAGAUUUUUAUUCAGCUGCUAGAGACCCUAUUUUCUAUGCUCAUCAUUCGAACAUCGAUAGAUUAUGGAGUGUCUGGAAAACCCUAGGAGGUAGACGUCAAGAUUUCACCGACCCUGAUUUUCUAAAUGCUUCGUUUAUAUUUUACGAUGAAAAUGCACAAAUGGUACGUAUUAAAGUUCGCGAUUGUUUGGAUUCAAGAGAACUUGGAUAUGUAUAUCAAGAUGUAACAAACCCAUGGAUAAAUUCUCGUCCAACGCCUAGGGUUUCGAGGUCUUUGAGCAGCGUAAGGAGGCUCGUUGAAGCUAAAGCAGCUGAUAACAAUGAUCAACAUAAUUUUGCAAGUCCAAAAGAAAUUUUCCCAACAAAACUUGACCAUGUGAUAAAAGUCAUGGUGAAAAGGCCAAAUAAGAAAAAGCGGAACAAGAAGGAGAAAAAUGAGAAAGAAGAGAUUUUAGUGGUUGAAGGAUUAGAGUUGGAGCCUGAUGUUUUUGUUAAGUUUGAUGUGCUGAUUAAUGAUGAAGAUGAGACUUUGAUUUCGCCAGAUAAGGCUGAGUUUGCUGGAAGUUUUGUGAAUGUGCCGCAUCAUAAUCAUGGUAAGGGUGAGAUUAAAAAACGUAAGACUAAGUUAAAGUUGUCUAUCACUGAGCUAUUGGAGGAUUUGGAUGCUGAGGAUGAUGAUCAUGUGUUGGUGACUUUAGUCCCCAAGAAUGGUUCUGGUGCUGUCAAAAUUGGUGGCCUCAAGAUUGUGCUUGAGUAAUUUUUAAUUAAUUAUUUCCCUCAGAUAAUGAUGUAUUUUGCUUGAUGUAUUUUCUAUAGUAUCCUACUGUUUCUGAUUAAUGUUGCAUUGGACAGUGUAAUUCGUGGAUACACGCUGUUUCUGAUUUAUGUAUAUUGCAACUGUGUUUGCAUGGAAUAAAGGAAGAAAACUUAGUUGUA